AUGGCCCAAGUCGCCAGCCGCCAUCUACCAGUGCAAGCCAACUACCUCCAGCUUAUACUCCACAACCUUUUCAGCAUUCUUUUUCGACCGGGUUCGCCUUCCGCCCAGUACCAUGUGGGGCACCUCUACUGCGAAAAGGAUACCGAGCCACAUCAGGCAUCUGACCUGGGUGAAAAUCCAUGCUCAAGGGCAAUCGAUGCUCCAGAGCAGGCCAAAGAUGCCAGCACGGCCAAAGGCAAGUCAGCCACACCUGGCCCAUCCACUCAGUCAACCGAGUGCUCUAGUCCAGAACAUUUUGGUGCUCAAACGACGCCAACUUCUGAUAGCCCAGUGCGCUACCCAUCAAUAGCUGUGGUUGUACCGCCACCGCCCUAGAAGUAACAAGCUAUUAGGACAAGCACAAGGAAGCCAAAACCGUACUCGUCGGACAAGAAUGCGCUGCUGGUGCGGCUGAAAGAAAGAGAGGCAAUGCCAUGGUCUGAGAUUACGGCUCACUUUCCAGGACAAAAUGUGUUGUCCCUUCAAGCCCACUAUUCAACCAAAUUACGCCACAAGGCCAG